GUUGGAGAGGGGUAGUGCUUUUGGACAUCACAUGGUUCACAUUUCCAGCUCCGUGAGACGCCAUUUUGGAGGAAAGUUUGGAAUUUGUCGACCUGGGGGAGGUGGAGGAGCGAAGAGGAGGAGGAAAAGAGGAAGUAGAAGAGAAAGAGAGGAGGGAUUUACACUGAGAGAAGUUUUGACACGAAUGCACAACGCAGGCUUGUGCUGGGGGAUAAUACACAAGCCGUGCGUGCCAGUGCGGGAUAAAGCAGCCCGGGCUGGAGUUUCUGUAGGUGUGCCACCAGGCUGGACUUUGAAGUUGUAUUUGUGGAAUAAACCCGCAGCAGCAGCUCAUGCAUUCGUUAAAUUGAGCGUUUUUUACAUGGAGUUUGGCGACAGCUAGAACUCCACUUUAGUGUCGCCACCGCGGUCAGCCUGCGCGGUGCACGCCGGGGCAGGGAGCCUCUCCGGCGGGGGGAGCACAGCGCGGAGAGUCGGUGGAAUAAGGGACGGAGCUUCUUUCUGUUAUUAACCCGGGAUAUCACUGUGUGUCUGCCCGGUUCCGCCCGGUUCCGCCCGGUUCCACCCGGACACUUGGAGCUGUUGUUUCCCGCUGACAGGGAGAGUUUGGAGGGGGAACUUGGUGUCGUCUUCAGCCCGGACUUGGAGCGCUGACAGCGGGCGGAAGGAUCAAUAAAACCCGCCCUGUGUGUGUGUGUGUGUGUGUGUGUGUGUGUGUGUGUGUGUGUGUGUGUGUGUAUGCGGCUAACACAGAAGUAGCUCCACACCGAGCCGAGCCGAGCCGAGCCAUGCCAGUCAGAAAGAAAGACGCACAGCGAGCCCUGCUGCUCCUGGAGGAGUACCGGGCCAAGCUGCAGCACGCCGAGGACCGGCAGCUCCGACACUCCAUCCAGAGGGUCAUCGACAUCUUCCAGAGCAACCUCUUCCAGGCUCUCAUCGAUAUCCAGGAAUUCUACGAAGUGACCUUAUUGGACAGCCAGAGAUGGGUGGAGUCUUCCAAGCCGGCGGACCCGAUGGCGCCCGUCAACCUGUGGGACUUUUCCAGCCUUCAAAGCACAACGGUGACCUCGGACACUCUGCCCAGCCUUAGCACCAGCAUCGAGGACUCCCCCCUCCUAAACGAAAUCCUGCACACGUUGGCGCAGGCCAAACGCUCGGCCGGCCAUGACGGACAAAAGUACAGGCACCACGAUGAGGACUCGUCCCCCCAGGACCAGAGCUCCCCCCAGCUCACGGAGGAGGCGGAGGGAGCGGAGCUUGUCCAGGUAGCGGAGAAGAACCUGUCCCAGAUCGAGAAUGUGCACGGAUACGUCACCCACGCCCACAUCUCCCCCAUGAAGGUAGCGUCUCUGGAGUGCAUCUUUGACGGUUCUUCACUGUUAGGACAGCACCUCCCGGAGCUCCCCUCCCCUACGCCUUCCACCCUCUAUCCCCACGGCGAGGACAGCCCCCUCCCCUCCUGCUCCUCCAACCCCUACCCCCCAAUCCAGCAGGCCGAGGCCACCCCGCCCUCCUCUCCCAUAAUCCCUGUGAUCCCGGUCUCGCCAAUCGCAGCCGAGACCACCAUCAUCCCUCCGACGUCACAGGCCAAUCCUCCCCCUGUGGUGGUCAACACAGACAGCCUGGACACGCCUCCAUAUGUGAACGGGACGGAGGCUGAUUACGAGUACGAGGAGAUCACACUGGAGAGGGGUAACUCGGGACUGGGCUUCAGCAUCGCGGGCGGCACAGACAACCCCCACAUCGGCGAAGACCCGAGCAUCUUCAUCACCAAAGUCAUACCCGGAGGAGCUGCCGCUCAGGAUGGACGGCUCAGGGUCAACGAUGUCAUCCUGAGAGUUAACGAGGUGGACGUUCGGGAUGUGACCCACAGCCGAGCCGUGGAGGCUCUGAAGGAGGCCGGCUCGCUGGUGCGACUCUACGUCCGCAGGAGGAAACCUGUCUCGGAGAAAGUGAUGGAGAUCAAACUGGUGAAAGGCCCCAAAGGUCUUGGCUUCAGUAUAGCAGGUGGCGUGGGGAACCAGCACAUCCCGGGCGACAACAGUAUCUAUGUCACCAAGAUCAUCGAAGGAGGAGCUGCACAUAAAGACGGGAGGCUGCAGAUCGGAGACAAACUGCUGGCUGUGAACAGUGCUUGCCUGGAGGAGGUGAGCCACGAACACGCCGUCACUGCCUUGAAAAACACUCCUGACGUGGUCUACUUGAAAGUGGCAAAACCCAACAGUGUCUUCAUGAACGACAGCUUCGCCCCGCCCGACCUCACCAACUCGUACUCCCAGCACAUGGAGAACCAUAUCAGCCCCCCCAACUUCCUGGGUCAGUCCCUCCCCCCACCAGCAUCCUCGGGACGCUACUCCCCAACGCCGAAGAGCAUGUUGGGAGACGAUGAUGUCACCCGGGAGCCCAGGAAGGUGGUGCUGCACAGAGGAGCAACAGGACUGGGCUUCAACAUCGUGGGCGGGGAGGACGGAGAGGGGAUCUUCAUCUCCUUCAUCCUCGCCGGAGGACCAGCUGACCUCUGUGGAGAGCUGAGGAAAGGAGACAGACUCGUCUCUGUGAACGGGGUCGACCUCCGUAACGCCACCCACGAACAGGCCGCCGCCGCCCUGAAGAACGCCGGGCAGACGGUGACGAUCAUUGCCCACUACAGACCGGAGGAGUACAGUCGGUUCGAGGCGAAGAUCCACGACCUGAGAGAGCAGAUGAUGAACAGCAGCAUCAGUUCUGGUUCUGGAUCUUUACGGACGAGUCAGAAACGGUCGCUGUACGUCAGAGCUCUGUUUGACUACGAUAAGACCAGGGAUUCGGGUCUUCCCAGUCAGGGACUGAACUUUAAGUUCGGGGACAUCCUCCACGUGGUGAACGCCUCCGAUGAUGAGUGGUGGCAGGCCCGACAGCUGACGUCACAGGGGGAGGUGGAGGAGGUCGGCGUGAUCCCGAGCAAGAGACGGGUCGAGAAGAAGGAGAGAGCGAGAUUAAAGACGGUGAAGUUUAACGCAAAGUCUCGAGACAGAGGGCAGUCUCUCAAUGACAAGCGUAAAAAGAACCUCUUUACCCGAAAGUUUCCGUUCUACAAGAGCAAAGAGGCGAGCGAGCAGGAGACCAGCGACGUCGACCAGCACGUGACCUCUAACGCCAGCGAUAGUGAAAGUAGCUACCGCGGGCAGGAGGAGUACGUUCUGUCGUAUGAACCCGUCGUUCAGCAGGAAGUAAACUACACCCGCCCCGUCAUCAUCCUCGGCCCCAUGAAGGAUCGAAUCAACGACGACCUGAUCUCUGAGUUCCCCGACAAGUUUGGAUCCUGCGUCCCCCAUACGACCCGGCCAAAGCGAGACUACGAGGUGGACGGCAGAGAUUAUCACUUCGUGGUGUCCAGAGAGCAGAUGGAGAAGGACAUCCAGGACCACAGAUUCAUCGAGGCGGGACAGUACAACAACCACCUGUACGGAACCAGCGUCCAGUCGGUCCGAGAGGUUGCCGAGAAGGGUAAACAUUGUAUCCUGGACGUGUCGGGGAACGCCAUCAAGAGACUCCAGCUGGCUCAGCUUCACCCCAUCGCCAUCUUCAUCAAACCCAAAUCUGUGGAGAACAUCAUGGAGAUGAACAAGCGUCUGACGGAGGAGCAGGGCAGGAAAACCUUCGACAGAGCCACCAAGCUGGAGCAGGAGUUCACCGAGCAUUUCACAGCCAUCGUUCAGGGCGACACUCUGGAGGAGAUCUACGAUCAGGUGAAGCAGAUCAUCGAGGAGCAGUCGGGUCCGUUCAUCUGGGUUCAGUCCAAGGAGAAGUUAUGAGGAUCAAAACUCUGUCUGCUCCAUCGCUCCUCUCUUUAGAUUCAGUUUGUUUUAUUUUGAAAAGAAAAGUCGACCUGCAGACGGCAGCCUCACCCUUCCUCACCCCUCCUCACCCCCCAACCCCCCCGAUCUACGACCCGACACUGACGGUGUUUUAUUUUGUAUUUCUGCCUGAAUAAGACUCCAUUAUUGGGUUUCCUGACCAGCACAGUAAAGCACACAGGAAGUAUGACGACAUCACACUGAACGCGGUACAGCUCCUUAAUGUUUAAGGGAGGAGAACUAAAGAGGAAGAGGAGGAGGAGGAGGAGGAGGAGGAGAAGGAGACGUGUCCAUGAAAGUGGAGAGAAGAAACGUACGAAGCAGAUUUUCUCUCUUUUUUUUUUUUGUGGGUUUUUUUCCCUUUUGUUUGUCUCGUAAGGUAAACGUCGGUGGACGGACAGAGUUUCAGUCUCAGGCAGCGUCUGUCGGUCCGGAGGAAGGCGGAGACACAAAAAGCAAAACUUUGCACGUUUGAGCUUUAACAGCAUGUCAUUUAAUACCCCUGUUUAUUUCCCAUCAGCCCCUUCACCUGAGCGUCUGACGUCACAGCUUCUUCUUCUGUUCUGCGCUCAUUUCUUUUUCUUUCACUCGAUUUAGUUUGUUGUUUGUUUGUUUGCUCCUCGCCGCUGCAGACGUCUGUCGGGACGCCGCUGCAGGGUUCCCGCUCUGCCACCGGGGGGCGCCGCGGAGCUUCUGCUCCGUGUUUCUAACAGCAAACGUCUCAAAAGAUUAAAUCUGAUUCAUUUGACUUGUUUUCUUCUUCAAACUGACGAAUAAUAAUCGUUUGUUGCUCGAUGUUUUCAUUUAGCUUUACGAGGUCAAAGGUCACAGCAUCGAUUAUUCUACUGCUAAUUAUAUCUUUAUCUUCUCGAGUCUCAUUAAAGGAGCUAAAGUUCAUUUUCUUUUCUUAAAAAUUCACAAUUAAAAGAAAAUGAUUUUAUAGUAAACUUGUAAUUAAGUGAAAAUGUUCUUAUAAUUACAAGGACAUUUAAUUAUGAGAUUAUUUAUCAAUAACAAGAAAACUGCACUAUAAUCAAUAUUCUCUUAAUUAUCUCAUAAUUAAGAGAAAACAUCGACGUUUGAUCUAAUCAGGAGAAACUAACUGAGAAAACUCAUUAAGAGAUUUUAAUUACAAGAAAAUUGUUUCAUGAUUCUUUUUACUCAUAAUUACAAGAAAACAAUAUAAUUAAGAGAAAAUGACAAAUUAGAUAAAACUCACAGAAAUUUAAGUUAUUUAUCUCAUAAUUACCAAAAGAACUUAAUAUAAACAUAAUUUCAGCUCAUCUACAAUUAAGAGAAAACAACUUGAUAAUUUGAAAAAACUCAUAAGAAAACUUUAAUUUCUCAUAAUUUUCUCAUUUUCACUAAAACUAAAUUAUUUUAUCUUUUAAUCAAAUAAAUAAAUAACAAAACAAUAAUAAAUAUAAAUGACAGAUCACAAGAAUCAGAAAUAAAAGUUCUUUAUCUGGUAAUAAAAGAGAAUAAUUGUAAUUACGAGGUUGUUUUCUUCUUUAUCUCCAGUUUGUUUGUUUGUUUGUUUGUUUGUUUGUUUGUUGACCCGAUGAGACCUUCCACUGAUUUUAAACUUUAAAUCAUCGUCACACAUUUCAUUCUGGGUUUUUAUUUUAAUCAUCGUUGUGUUUGAGCGGCGAGUUCGAACCCCGUCAGACGUCCGUCAGCGUCGUCAGUGGAACCGCGAACAGAGACGAUUAUUGUACAAUGAGAUUCUGACAGAUAUUUAACCCUCGGUAAACUGCCUAUUUUGUUAUAAUAAAGUCUAUAUUGAACUUUACUUAAGCACUACUACUACGGGAGUUAUUUUCUUCGCAUUGUUAAUCAUAUAUGAAUAGAAAAGUAUAAAGAUAUUUGAAUAUGAAUAUAUAUUUUUUCUUUUUCUUUUGAUCACCACCUCCUCUGUCUUUUAAUUUUCUUUUUUAAGCAUAAUAAAAACUUAACAAGAAAACAGAAAGUGCUCUUCUUCUUCUGCUGCUGACCUCCGACCAGGAUCUACAGCGACAAUCAAUCACACAGUUAGUUUGUUUGAACGAGCUGAUUAAAUGAUCACUGAUUGGGGAUUUAUUGAUAUAUUGAUCACUGGUUUCGAACUAGUUAAUUUCUUUAUAUGUUUUGUUUCUUUUUAUUUCAUAAUUUUCACUUAAAAUGAACCUUUUUUAUUUUCAACACAUAUUUUAUUCUAAACAGUAUUCACUAAUUAUUAUUAUUAUUAUUAGUUUGAUUAUAGAUUAUUGAUUGAAUCAACUCCAUAUAGAACAUGGCUCUAGAGUUUAUAAUGUUUAAUGAUGGAAAUGUUAUUGAUUGUUAUUGAUACAUUUUAUUAAACAAUAUUUAUUUAGACGUUAAAAUAUAAAUAUUUGGAUGUGAAUGAAACAUUUAGUGCAACAUCACAACCAAUGUUUGGAAAUCAAUCAAUAAAUCAAUAAUAACGUUCCUUUA